GAGCCGACCAACCUGAACCUACUAAACUAAUUCAGUUCUUCAACCUCAAUAUAUAAAAAAAACUUCAGUCCUGAUCCAAUCCAGUCCAGAGCAUGCAUGCAACAACACGCGUCCUGUUCAAGCAUGCAACAACACGCGUCCCAUGAUCAAAUAAUAUAUAGUCAGUCAUCUCCUAACUUUACAGUGUUCAUCUUAUAUCUUUCAAAACCAGUUGUAUCGAUCUUUCUCACCCUUUCAAAACAUAUUUAAAAUCCAACUCAUGAAGAAGAUAAGCCACCUUUUGUUCCUGUGUUUGGUUCUAACAUCUUUAUCUCCACCUCAAGACCAUUCAAAAGAGCUUAACCUGUCGGAAAUGCUUAGAUCAUUCGGAGAGAAGGCGUUUGAGGCUGCAGAAAAUGUGAAAAUCGCGUUGGAGAAAACAACAGGCACGGUUAGAAUCGGGGACAUCAUAGAAGGAGCACUUAAAGACUCGGUAGUUAAAAUGCAUGAUUGGGAUUUCUACGAUUCACCAAAAAGAAUCUGUGAAGAUAUUAAAUGGAACUUUACCCGAAACGUGUUUUUAAUGAGAUCGGUUGACACAAUAUGUGUUUUUUUGGGCAAAGUUUCAUUUGAGGAAAUAAGAAGAGUGAUCAAUUGGUGUCACUUGUUAGGGUUUUCGACUGCUUACGGGAUUGGGGUUUGGGUUACCUUCUCUUCUGGCUAUCUGUUGGGCAAAUGUUUACCUAAACAAGAAGUUUCGAUGAUGUUAAACAAGAUGAACAUGGUGUGUUUUAGAGCAAUGGCUUAUUGUGUUAGUGUAGCGCUUGUAGGGUUUCUUGCGAGUCGGGGAAUUAGUAGAGAAGGUUUCUCAAACAAAAUGGUGAUGUUUCAAUUAUUCAAUCUUGUUUCUGCACUUUGUAUGAUGUUAAUCAAUCUUAUCUUCUUGGAACCUCGAGCAACAAAGUGUAUAGUCCAAAGAAAGAAGGAAACUUGGCAAAUAAAGAGCGUAGCAGCAGAAAAGCUAAAGAAGAUGAACGCAUACUCAUCGAGACUUAGUGUGUCGACAGUUGUGGUGCUGACAUGGCACCUAGCAUACAUCAGUCAAAUGCUACAAGCUCGACACUAGCUUUGUGCCCCUUAUAACAUCUUUGCGUAGUCCAUGAAAUAUCACACAGUUUGAGAAGCAUUUUUUUCACGUUACGGAUUUAUUAGACUAGUUAUUUGAUCGUAUUUUAUGUUUAGUUUGUUUGUCGUUUGAUCACUUUUAUUAUUUAUAUAUGUA